AGAUCGCAUCAGAAAGAAACCCACCUGCUAAUUAUAUCUUGGAACACAAGUAUAAGAGAUUUUUUAUCAAAGGAACAAUCAUUUGCAACAAUGACAAGAACAUUUACGGGCAUGAAUAAAGGAUUUAUCCUCCAUGUUCUGUUGGUGACACUGUCUUGGAGAUAUAUGGCAGCAAGCAACACGACAAGUACCGCUAUGCCGACAACAGCAAAUAGCGGCACAACAACUAUGGCAGAAAGCACGGUGAUGAGUACCGCUAUGCCGACAACAGCAAAUAGCGGCACAACAACUAUGGCAGAAAGCACGGUGAUGAGUACCGCUAUGCCGACAACAGCAAAUAGCGGCACAACAACUAUGGCAGAAAGCACGGUGAUGAGUACCGCUAUGCCGACAACAGCAAAUAGCGGCACAACAACUAUGGCAGAAAGCACGGUGAUGAGUACCGCUAUGUCGACAACAGCAAAUAGCGGCACAACAACUGUGGCAAAAAGCACGGUGAUGAGUACUGCUAUGCUGACAACAGCAAAUGGAGGCACAACAACUAUGGCAGAAAGCACGGUGAUGAGUACUGCUAUGCGGACAACAGCAAAUGGAGGCACAACAACUAUGGCAGAAAGCACGGUGAUGAGUACUGCUAUGCCGACAACAGCAAAUGGAGGCACAACAACUAUGGCAGAAAGCACGGUGAUGAGUACUGCUAUGCCGACAACAGCAAAUAGCGGCACAACCACUAUGGCAGAAAGCACGGUGAUGAGUACCGCUAUGUCGACAACAGCAAAUGGAGGCACAACAACUAUGGCAGAAAGCACGGUGACAGGUACCGCUAUGUCGACAACAACCGCAGGAACAACAGCAGCACCAUCUAACACCGCAACCAUGAUUGCAAGCAUCCCAUCACUUCCGGCACCUGUUUCCCGACAAGAAUGUGGUUCCACAAAGCUCUGUGCAGAUGAACCGUCAGAGUGUGAUCCCUCUACAGGAGACAAUUGCUUUUUCCUCUCUGCCAGGCGACAAAGCGGCCAAAAUUUUGACUUUGAGCUCUCAGGACAAACUAGAGGCUACAUUGCUGCUGGUGUCUCAAAUGCUGCAAGUCAGGAUGGCAGUCACAGAGCCUACAUCUGUGUAAACAACAACGGUAAUAUCGGAUACCUAACUGGUACCAUUGAUGACUCAGUGCUUAAUCCGACAAAGAAAUUGGACUCAAGCAAUGAGAAGGGCACAGUCAACAAUGGCAAAAUCCAGUGUACAUUUACAGCUGCACUACCAGACACACCUUCCCGAGCAAGCACCCAAUACUCGUUAUCAAUUACAACUGGAUCUUACAAUGCCAGUUCUGAGAUGUUUGGAACAGCGGAUUUCAAAGUUCUGACACCUCUUGUAAACAUUUCUGAUCCUGCUGCUAACGUCUCCAAUUUGCUGGCCAAUGACACCUCUGCUUCCUCUGCUGUUCUGGUCACACCCACAAAGUCAUUCCUGCCAGCUCUGCUGGUUACCGUGUGUAUGCUGGCUUUCACCGUAAUGUGAAGAAACCAUCAUCAGCAUAUUUUGUAAUGACUUUUCAUUUGGAAAUUUAAGAGAAUUUGUUGCCAAAUGUUUUACAUGUUUUACUCCGGAAGCAUUGCUGUAAAUCAAAAUAUAUUCUUUGUUUAAAUCAUGAAGCUUUCACUGGUGGAUGUUAUAUGCACAUUACGCGCAAAUGGGAUGAUAAAACUGCUUCAUAUGAUGCCAAAUUUUGGUGAAUACGUAAUUUAUACAUUUGCAGAGAUAGACAUAAAAUAUUAUAUGUUGCUUAAAAAAAUACGUUUGUGAACUAUUUUUUUUUUGCUGUUAAAUAAAUUAUUAUUAAUAAUUUA